AUGGCGCCGAUAACUGAUGUCAACGAUGUCGCCUUCACGGAUGAACUCAAAAGAACCCGUUCUGCCGAGGAAGCCGUCAUUGCCUACUCGCAGCAGGACACCAGAGAUUUGUCGAGUGCUGUAGUCCGAUGCACCCCGGCUCAUGUCGGUGGGAACACGUGGCACACUGGCGGGAGCGACCCGAAUGCUCCUGAGCACUUGACUGUCGAGUACAAAGACCGCAAUGGGAAUCACGUCACCACCAAGCACAUUGACAGAAACGGAAACGCGUGUUAA